GCGCGCGCUGUGAUGAUGUCACGACGCUGACGCCUGAGGAUGGCGGCGGCGGCGACCCUGUCCGCGGUCCGGAGAGGGUCACCACAGCCGCCGAGACGCCGAAGACCUUGCCGCCCGUGCGAGGUGUAGACGGGGCACUGCCUGCAGAGCAGGUCCUGCCAGCCUCGUUGGAGAGGAUGCCCCCGUGUCCGUGAUGGGCUGUGGGACAAGCAAGGUCCUUCCUGAGCCGCCAAAGGAUGUCCAGCUGGAUCUCGUCAAGAAGGUGGAGCCCUUCAGUGGCACUAAGAGUGAUGUGUACAAGCACUUCAUCACAGAGGUGGACAGUGUUGGUGCUCUCAAAGCUGGGUUCCCAGCAGCCAGUCAGUGUGCAAACCCCUGCCCUGGUGCCCCCACUGCCGGCCACACAGAGCCUCCCUCAGAACCACCACGCAGGGCCAGGGUGGCUAAGUAUAGGGCUAAGUUUGACCCACGUGUGACAGCCAAGUACGACAUCAAAGCCCUGAUUGGCCGAGGCAGCUUCAGCCGGGUAGUACGCGUGGAGCACCGUGCAACCCGGCAGCCGUAUGCCAUCAAGAUGAUUGAGACCAAGUACCGGGAAGGGCGAGAGGUAUGUGAGUCAGAGCUGCGUGUGCUGCGCCGGGUGCGUCAUGCCAACAUCAUCCAGCUGGUGGAGGUGUUUGAGACGCAGGAGCGUGUGUACAUGGUGAUGGAGCUGGCCACUGGUGGAGAGCUCUUUGAUCGCAUCAUCGCCAAGGGUUCUUUCACUGAGCGUGAUGCCACACGGGUGCUGCAGAUGGUGCUGGACGGUGUCCGAUAUCUGCAUGCGCUGGGCAUCACACACCGAGACCUCAAGCCCGAGAAUCUGCUUUACUACCACCCAGGCACUGACUCCAAGAUCAUCAUCACUGACUUCGGCCUGGCCAGUGCCCGCAAGAAGGGUGAUGACUGCCUGAUGAAGACCACUUGUGGCACACCCGAGUACAUUGCUCCCGAGGUCCUGGUCCGCAAGCCCUACACCAACUCAGUUGACAUGUGGGCACUGGGUGUCAUUGCCUACAUCCUGCUCAGCGGCACCAUGCCCUUUGAGGAUGACAACCGCACCAGGCUGUACCGGCAAAUCCUCAGGGGCAAGUACAGUUACUCGGGGGAGCCCUGGCCCAGUGUGUCUAACUUGGCCAAGGACUUCAUUGAUCGCCUGUUGACGGUGGAUCCUGGCGCCCGUAUGACUGCACUGCAGGCCUUGAGGCACCCGUGGGUGGUAAGCAUGGCAGCCUCUUCAUCCAUGAAGAAUCUGCACCGCUCCAUCUCCCAGAACCUCCUCAAACGUGCUUCCUCCCGCUGCCAGAGCACCAAGUCGGCCCAGUCCACGCGUUCUAGCCGCUCUACGCGCUCCAACAAGUCACGCCGUGUGCGUGAGCGGGAACUGCGGGAGCUCAACCUGCGUUACCAGCAGCAGUACAACGGCUGAGCUGCUGGCUACGGCGCAGACAUCCCGUGGUCCCAGCUUGGCCGUGCAUCACUGUGCCAUCUGGCCCUGAUGCCCUCUCUGGAGAUAGGCCUGUAUGGCCGGCAGCAGGUGAAUGGCCCUACCCGCUUCUCUUCAGCAGCCCCCAUCCUCAUCCUGGGCCUGAGCCUGGUGUGACCAAGUGGAGGGAGCCUGGGGACGUGUGAGCCCUCUGAACUGGCACCGGUGCUCCUUUUGGUGGGCAACUGCUCUGCUACCAGUUGGGAAAAGGGCAGGACCUGGCCUCGGGCUCUUUCACCCCUUGGCUCUUCCCCAAGACCAAAGAGGCAAGCUGUGCCAGGUAGAGGGUGUCCUGUUGUCCCAGGACUCUUUGGGACAGUUACUUCUGAAACCCUCUUUCCUCCACUGAACCUUCAUCUCUGGCCUCCCACAUUCCAUUGCAUCCUGAUCUGUAACACAGAGAGAGGCCCAGGUAGGCCCAAAGCUUGUGUCUUGGCUGGACUCCCAGCUAAGUCUAAACAGUCUCCCACCUCUCACCCAAGAUCUCUCUUCCUUUGUGGUACCCCCAGAGGCCCCUCCUGGACUCAGGACUGGCUAGAACCUCUGGUGGUAGGGCCAUGGCAUAGUCCUUGGCCCUUCUGGACUGUGUGGCCAUGUUGGUAGCAGGCUUGCUCCAGGCUGUAACCUCUCUCUGACAGUGGGAGGGAGAGCUCCUGCCCACCAGCCCAUUGCUCUCAGUGCCUUCUUUGCAGAGCCCACUAUCACUUCUUUCUCCCCCUUGGAUGCCCAUUCUAUUCCCUGGGUGCCUCCUUCCCAACUGUGGGGGAUUAAAGGGAGCCCCACUGCUGCUACCUGGGGAAUGGGGGCACCUGGGCCAAGGCACAGGCCAGGGGCUUCCCAGGGAGAGCCCCAUCAAUAUUCCAGUGUCAGCCCUGGUUCUACCCUUGGUACUGCCCAAUGUCCCUUCCCUUCAGGCUCUGCAGUGGCAUAAAGGCGCCAUCUAGUGUCUGGCAUGAGUAUGGGCAGCCUGGGAAUGACCACUGUACUCACCCUUCAUCUUCUAGAGGAAGUGGGAAGGAAGGAGCUGCUGUGUUGAGGAAAGGUCCCAGGCUGCUCAGCCCUCCCCUUCUGCUGAGCUUCUGCACAGCUCCAGUUGGAACUUAGCCAUACUGUGUGACCUGCCUCUGAACCCUGAGUGCCUGGGGCCCUGGCCUUCUCACAGCUGGCCUUGCUUGGUCCAGCCUGUCCUUGCUUCCUUUCACAGCAUUACCUGUCCAGCCUGGGCCCUGCCGAAUCUUAGGUUGGAGGGAGCUCCUGCAGGAGGUGGGUGGAAUUGGGUGGCUGCUUUCCCGGAGGCCUGAGCCAGACCAUCCCCGUGUUAGUCAAGGUGCCUCCCCACCACCACAAACAAGGCUGGAACCCAAGGCCCCUUCUUUCUCAGCUGCUUUCAGUGGCAGGAAAGGAGGUGUGGCCCAGCUUUAGCUGUAGCUAGAUUGCAGGGCCUCUGCCAGCAGGGAGAGACUGGCCCUCACUCAGUUUUUCCCCGUGGGUAGCCUUGGGCCAGGCCCUCCUCCUUCUGCAUGUGCCACCUCCAGUGGGAAACAAGGCCAAAGAGAACACUCUGGGCCAUGUCGACUGCCUUAAACAUUCCCUCCUAUCCUCAGUGCUCCUGGCACAAGGCAGCAGAGAGCCCAAGCCCUGUGGCCUCAGAAUUCCCCUCACUUCCCCAAGUGCCUCUGGAGGCCUGAACCCUGGGGAUUUAUUUCCUCUCUUGUCCAAGGUAGGCCUGACCCUAAGGGUAGGACAGAGGGAGGUUGGAGACAUGGGCCUUUAUGCCAUGAACCGUAGAUGGAGAGUGUGCAGUUAUUUAUUUUGUGUACUCAGUUUGUAAAUGUAUCCUCUGUACUCAAUAAACAGGCUGCCCUCCCCAGGGAAGGCUGCCCAUCCAUUCUGACA